UUUUCUGAAAUAAUCUCUAGUGGAAUUAUAAGGAGGAAUAAAGCGUAACGGAAUGAGAGAGACCGUGUCAGUGUCACACGACGCCGAAAGAUAACCAACACAAUCGCAUCGCAUCGCAUCCAUUAAUCACAACCACAAUGCCACCGCGCCGGUGCCCAGCCUACCACGAGAGCGAUUACGACGACGACGACGAUGAUAAUAUCACCAUGAGGUGUCUUUCCUGCGAAGAAGACUACGAUCCCGACAACGCCGGUACCUGCAAGGAAUGCUACGACGAAGCCAACGAAACCGAGGAAGAACUCAAACGUCAGAUCCAAGACCUCAAAACAAAAGUCUCCUUCCUCACUCUCUCUUCUCCACUCGAUUCUCCUUCCACCACCGAUCUCGUCCUCCUUCCAUCCAACGACGCUUUUUCUCCUUCCGUUCCUGCUCACAAGGCCGUUCUCGUUAGUCGCUCACCAGUUUUCAAAGCCAUGCUUGAGAAUGAUAUGGAGGAAAGUCGGAGUGGCACCAUCAAGAUUGCUGAUGUAUCAUAUGAUGCUCUUCGAGCUUUUGUUAACUAUUUAUACACUGCUGAAGCAUGCCUUGAUAACCAAAUGGCCUGUAACCUAUUAGUUUUAGCAGAAAAGUAUCAGGUGAAGCAUCUUAAGGCAUACUGUGAGAAGUAUUUGAUCUCCAAAAUGAAUUGGGAGAAAGCUAUUUUGAACUUUGCAUUUGCACAUCAACACAAUGCCAACCAAUUGCAAGAUGCAGCCAUGGCAGUGAUCAUGGAGAAUAUGGACAACCUCACUAAAAAUGAUGAUUAUAUGGAGUUAGUGGAAACUAAUCCUCGUCUUGUUGUGGAAAUAUAUGAAGCAUAUCUUGCCAAACAGGUUAACACUGCAUCCACACUUAGGCUAUAGGAAGGCGGCGUAAAACAUUAUUGUAGUUGGCUUUAAGCCGGGUAGAAACUUCAGUUUGGAAUAUAUUCUUAAUUGGUGAUUAAUCAGUGGUAGUAUUUUAAUUGUACAUUAUCAUAUACUACUACUGCAGUUGAACAUGCAUCUGGAUCUGUUGCAUUUCUCAGGCAUGAUUUACCUUGAAGAUCACCUUUUGGUUUUUGGUAGACCGGAUAAGUUAAAUUAGUACUAUGAUUAUUGAACGAGAUGCAUUAAUUUUCCUCUUAAAUGUUACUACUGUUCAAAUGCUA